UUCAAGUCAGUGCAGUUGGACUUCUGCUAAUCCGGGAUACUUGCCAGUUAAUUAAUGUCGCUUGUUUUCAUCGGCCUCCCUCGAGAGAUCAGUGUGAGCAACUUUCUCCCUGUGACGUGUCCGUCGGAGGAAACGCUAGUCGAGGGAGAUGCCGACAUGAUCCGGUUAAACUCUGUUUACCGGUUCUUUCAUCAUUUUUGGUAUCUUUCUGUCAGUUAACUUCGCUAAAAAGAUCACGGUUUGUGAAUGACAGAGGUUGCUGUGCCCCCCCCCCUCCUCCCGCGCACUUUGUUUAUUGGAUUUGGCGAGUAAAACUAAAAUGGGGUCAAGUUUCAACAGGAUCUGAGUGAAAUGAGAGUCAGAGAAACCGAUUCCAACUGAAGCUUUUAACCGUUUUUGGUGAUGGGCUCGGUGACUUCUGCUCUAACAAGGACAAGAAACGCGCAAGUAAAAGUGGGUUCAGAGCCGGAGAACCAUGACUCGGAGAGAAGUCGGUCCGCUCCCGAAUCGGACCGGGCCAGGAAGAGGAGCGCGCGGUUCAACGUCGCGAGCCAACCCGGACGGCAGAGUUCCCGCCAGUCGCUGUCCGAGGUGCUGAGCAGACAAGACUCCGACGGAGGCAAACACACUUCGAAGAAAAAGUCCUCUGAAGGUCAACAGAGCGUGGCAAAUGAAGAUGGGGAGGGCUCCACCAGACCACAAGCCAGUUUUGCGCGCUCAAAGUCCCAGAGUGCUUUGUGGAAUGCCAUCACGGCAGGGAUGGGGAUGAAAGGCAAAGAGCAGAACGCCCCCCUGAAUGACCCACGGAGUCCCGAAGAGAUUCUGGCUGACGAUCUUCCUGCACCAGAUGAACCAGAUGCAACAGAGAAAACAGCCAUCAGGCGCAAGUACAAGAAGACGUCCCAGAGAUUAAGAUGUCUGGUGAAACAACUGGAGAGAGGAGAGGCUUCCCUCACUGACCUCAAGAAAAACCUUGAGUAUGCCGCAUCGGUGCUGGAAUCCGUUUACAUUGAGGAGACAAGGCGUUUGGUAGACACAGAGGAUGAGCUCAGUGACAUCCAGUCAGAGUCAGUGCCCUCAGAGGUGCGGGACUGGCUGGCAUCCACCUUCACCCGCCAGAUGGGCCUUAUGCUGCGACGCAAUGAAGAGAAACCUCGCUUUCGCAGCAUCGUCCACGCCGUCCAGGCUGGUAUAUUUGUUGAGAGGAUGUACCGACGCACCUCCAAUAUGGUGGGACUCAGCUACCCCCCUUCUGUCAUAUCUGUGCUUAAGAAUGUUGACAAGUGGUCGUUUGACGUGUUCGCCUUAAAUGAGGCCAGCGGGGAGCACGCACUCAAGUUCAUAUUCUACGAGUUACUCACAAGAUACGACCUUAUCAGCCGUUUCAAGAUCCCAAUCUCUGCGGUGGUGUCAUUCGUGGAGGCCCUAGAAGUCGGAUACAGCAAACAUAAAAACCCCUACCACAACCUGAUGCAUGCUGCUGAUGUCACACAGACUGUCCACUACUUGCUACUUAAGACUGGCAUGGUGCAUUGGUUGACUGAGCUUGAGAUCUUUGCCAUGAUCUUUGCGGCGGCUGUGCACGACUACGAGCACACGGGGACCACAAACAACUUCCACAUUCAGACAAGGUCGGACACAGCUAUCCUGUACAAUGACCGCUCAGUGUUGGAGAGUCACCACGUCAGCGCAGCCUACCGCCUACUGCAGGACGACGACGAGAUGAACAUCCUAUACAACCUCUCCAAGGAUGACUGGAGAGAGCUGCGGGCUCUGGUGGUGGAGAUGGUGCUGGCGACAGAUAUGUCUUGCCACUUUCAGCAGGUUAAGGCCAUGAAGAACUUCCUACAACAACCUGAGGGCAUUGACAAGCCCAAAGCCCUGUCCCUGCUGCUGCACACAGCAGACAUCAGCCACCCUGCCAAAAGCUGGGACCUCCACCACCGCUGGACUACCUCCCUACUGGAGGAAUUCUUCAGACAGGGGGACAAAGAAGCAGAGCUUGGCUUGCCGUUCUCUCCACUCUGCGACCGAAAGUCCACAAUGGUGGCACAGUCCCAGAUCGGGUUCAUAGACUUCAUCGUGGUGCCCACCUUCACUGUGCUGACGGACAUGAUGGAACGUAUCAUCAAGCCGCUCAUCGACGAGGCCUCCCAUUCAGGUUUUGCCGGCAUUAGACGCUCAAGUCUGAACAGCAUUAGCUCCGAUGAGGCCAAAAGGUACAGUGUGAAGAGCAUGGGGUCCGACAGCAGCUCGUCGGGGCAAGGCUCUCUGCCGAUGGUGGACCUAAAGAACUUCAAGGCGUUGUGGAAUGAAGAGGUUUAUCAAAACAGAGAGAGGUGGAAGGCACAGGCCGGUAAAGAGGCUGAGGAGAGAGCUAAAAAGGAAGCUGAGGAGCGAGCCCAGCAGGAAGAGGCUAUGGAGCCCCAGGACGUCCACACAGAAUCAGAACAGCCUGAACCAAAGGAGGACCAAUUGAAGGGGGAGGCACCCGAGUCAGAGGAGGCCAGCAGACCACCAGAUGGUAACACAGAGGACACAGAGCAGGAAGCACAGCCUGGGAGCGCCACACUCAAGAAUCCUCCACUGCAGAACGGAGAGCUGUCUGAAGGGGCUGAAUCUCCAGAGGGUGACGAAAACAACAAAAACAAAGGAGUCGAUGCAGAGGUAGAGAUGGAGUAAGUGAGCUGUGGAGAAUCACUGCCACACUGUUAACAUCUUAGCUGCUGUCGACCUCAUCCUGCAUUUAUGGGAGAAAUCAGACUCAUGACAGAGGGAAGGCCAUUAGUUGGACUGUGUCGCCCUCUACAGGACACAAAGUAACUCACACCUUCACUUCCUAUUUGUCUCAACGAUCUACUGUUUUAACCAUGUUUAUACUCCCACGCUCUUGUAUGCAGAGCUUUUGGCUCUACCCACGUGCAUUAUUCCUCCCUUCCUGCUUACCGAUAAAGAUGAUACACAAGAAGAUUUAAUGACCUUAAGAUAAUGGCAGCGCCGCUGGGGACGAGGAGAGGCUUUAGGAAGACUGCCACUGACAAUGUUACUUUUUUCUGUUUGCCAAUAAUGUUUUGCUUUGCUCAAGGUUGUGUGUUUAAAUCAGCCACAGACACGCAGCCAUUGUACAUGUCCCACUUUUCACUGUUGUGUGAUGCUUCUCUGUCAACACAAGUCUGGUUUAAAAAAAAAGGAGUUUAUUCAGAGACAAAGUUUGUGUCACAGCACUUUACUUGACUGAAUAAUGCAGAAUAGAUGUACAUUAAGAGGGACUUAGUAACUGCUACACAGUAUGUAUAUGUAUGUGUGAGUAUGUGUACAGUACACUGGGGUAAAUUCGCAGUCUAUAGCACUACUAUUUUACUAGAAAGUACACACAAAUACACACUAUCUAGAAAACUUAACUCCUGUUGGAAGUCUCUUAUGUUUGUUGAAGCUACUACGAAAAAACUGUUUACCACCAGUUGUGGCUAAUGUUUUCCCCCUUGUUUACUUUCUUAGUGCUUUCCUCAGACAUCGUGCAAUUCAAACAGUUUCCUUGCAGCCAGGUUUAUAUUGUUUUUUUUGUGUUUUUUUGUCCUCUUUAAUGUACAUAUUGAAAGUUUGUAUAUGUAUGGAUCUGAGAAGCAAAAGAAAUCCUAUGAAUCCAGCAACGGAUAUUAUUUUGGAUAUAAUGUAAGAUAUGUAGUGAAAAAUGUUCAAGAAUUAGAAUGCAACUUUUACAUUUCAAACAUAUCACACACACAUGAAUGCAUUCAAGUUUUUGUAAUAUAUAAACAAUCUUUUCUUAUUUGUUUUGCAUCUGUUAUGUCCUGUAUGAAUCAUGCACUAGAUGUGUGUAAAAUUCUCACACUGUAAGUCAUUUCUUUGUCAAAAGACUUCUUCUCGAUGCCUUCUUAUAUGUAUUUAAGCUGUAGCAAAAAGUCAACAUUGUCGCUGAAUUAGAGAAAAAACGUGUAUGUGUAUGUUAUUUUAUUUUGCAGUACGGUCAUGUUACAGCAGCUUCAACUAUGAGGUUGUUGGUGUAAUGUUUAAUCAAUGUGUUUACAGUGUGCUCACACACCUAUUAGCCAGUUGAAUCCAUCAUGCUUUUGUGAUGCGUCCGAGGCUAUGAGUCCAAACUGUAUCUGCUUCUUGGUUGUUUGCCAGGUUUUUCAAGCUUGUGAUGUUGUGAAUAGGAGAUGCAAAUAUUGCUUACUGCGCAUAUGUAACAUAUUGAACCCCUGCAAGACUGGUUCAGCUUUUACUCUAUACUUAAGAUGUGUAAUUGGAAGAAAAGCAUUUUGGCAGUAUUUGCAUAAUGAUAUGUUUUCACAAACAUUGUGCACUUUUACUUUAUUUUUCUUUAUGUUUUGGCAUGAAAAUCAUAAAAUUGAUUGUGCCAAGAAUAAGUUCAAGCAUAUUCUAACCUCAAAUUUUAUAGUAUACUGUACAUGUGUAUCCUGCUAAAUAUAGUAUAUAUGGGGUUCAUAAAAGGGAAUAUAAUUUAACACCUAAACAUUUACAUAAAAAAUGCAGGAAUUCUGAUUUCUUUUUUAGCCUCUCUGUUUUAAUACACGCUCCCCAUUUUGAUAUUACAUAGGAACUUUAGUAUCGUGCUGAGAUAUAAAGCAGUUUAUCAUGCUAUGUAACCACGUGCUACUUUCUACCUAGAAAACACAGUCAGUGGUUAGCAAGCCAGCUGGCUGAAUGUGUGCCUAUAUCUGUACUUUCUAUUUGACACCUUUCACCUGUAGGAACCUCAAAUUGUGCGAUGUCAUUUGAAUCUGUGCUGAUCCAGGUGCAGUAAAACAAGCCAGUCAAUAUCUUCCUCCAAUAAUCCACACUAAAGAGUCUUGAGUAAAGACAUUUAGUUUAGAUACUGUUGGAAAGUUUGCCUGUAAAGUCAGCAGUUUGAUGUUGCAGAAGUAUAGUAUUAAUGUAGAUUUUGCUCUUUUUCAUUUAGAAAAAUCUAUUUUAUAGCUGUAUGGCUUUUUUGUUUUACUUACCGUUCACUCCUUUUUUUUUUUUUACUCAGAGGAUGGAUUGUCAAAAAGUACGUUUUCAACAUGUAAUAUUAAUUUUUAAUUUUGUCUUCCCUCUCUGGUAAUAUUUGUCUUGGUGCAUCUGUCUGUUCAAUAUGUGUCUGUUUUAUUCCACCAGCUCUGAAGUCAGAAAAAUUACAGUUGCUCAAAACUGUAGAAUGAAAGUGUAAAAAUCAUAGCAAAUUAGAUUUAUAAGCAGAACAACAACUCAUUGCGCCCUCGAAAUAGCCUCCCUGAUACUUGGUAAAGCAGAAUAAAUUUUCUAUACCAAGGGACCAACACAUGUACAGUCUUGUAGUGUGCUCUGUCUUUCACUUGCUACUGUGAUAGCCUAAUGUAUGAAUAUUUAACAAGACCUACACCAACCAUAAUCAGAAUCAUAGCUGUACUCAUGACAUGUAAAGACUUCUAAACAUGGUGUUUUGUAAUGGUUGCUAUGGAACAGAUUAUUUGUUGUUUGUUUAAUGCUUUCUUUCCUUGUUUAGUCUGAAUCACUCUGUAAUGACUGAUCCCAAACUGUUGUAGUGACUGAGGUUAGACGGAUGUAAAGCCUGUUUGUGUGUGAGAAACUGCCGAAAAAUACUUAAUGUGCAUUUCUGAUCUCUUCACUGUGACCUGCUCUAUCGAUGAGAGUGUGAUGAGGUGUGUGUGUGUGUGUGUGUGUGUGUGUGUGAUGGAGAGAGAAAGAUAAACAGAAAGUGAUACGGUGGACUGUAUAAAGCUGGCAACCAACUCUCACCACCAAAAACAUUAUCAAGAAAAUACACUUUAAAAAUCUCAUUCUGUUUUAUAUACUCCAUCAGGCUGAUACAACUGAAUAAGUUUACAUAUAUAAAACAGUAAUAGAAAUAUUAUGAAGGUCAAAUUAUAGACUGUUAUCUGCCUAAAAAGUGGGUGAUACAAUUAAAAACAAGGCGGGUAGUCAAACUAGGUACAGUAGUAAACCACCUCAGGUUUAAUCUCCCCUACAUCCCUGAAUAGACAGAAGGACUAAGAGAGUGUGUGUGCGUAUGCAUGUAUGUGCAUGUGUGUGUGUCACUGUCCCAUGCCGGCCAGGCGGCCGCGUUUGCCACCAUGCUCUGUGACUGCACAGCCGUAUCAAUAAAUCUGGACUCAAAGGGCUCA